AAACAGCAUAGCAAAAGAGAUCCUUCGAAGAUGGAAAUCUGAGACUGGACACAGAAAGCGGUGAGGGCCCAAGGGGCGCGCGAGCGGUGGGGAGGUCUGGUACGGGAUUUGGUCGCGGCAUGAUUUGGGCGCGGCAGAUAGGCAAUUGUGUUUAUUUUAGCUGGGAGAGCUGGUGAGAUCUGCAUGUAAGUCAACACUAGUCAAUUGGGGGAGACCCAGACCUCUUUCCUUGGUCUGCUCUCUCGCUCGUUUACUAUUGAAAUCGUACAGUAUUUAGCAGAGCACGCAGAGACGAGACGACACACCUUCCCCUGCGGCAGGAUCGAUAUCACGGGCAAGGCCAUGGUGGCAGCGACGAGCCUACGAGGAAGCAGCGGCAACACUGCUACAGCCAGGAGGUCCUUGAUACACGGCCGGCUGGCGGCACUGUCCCUUCGCCGAGUAGUAGUUAUUAUUGGCCCUGCAUUUCCUGAGGAGCCACUCGGAAGUCGAUCGAGAUGUCGGCACCCAGCGCCGCCGCUCCGGCGGUGGUGGAGCUGCCCGGGGAUUCGUCGGAGUACAAGCUCCGGAAGCAGCUCCUGCUGCUGGCCACGCUCGUCCUCAGCGUCACCUACGUGGCGGGGCUGGAGCCGCCGGGCGGGGUGUGGAAGGAGGACGGAGCCGGCGCGCCCAUCCUGCGGUCCACCCACCGGCCCAGGUACCUGUCCUUCUACUACUGCAACUCCGCCGCGCUCGUCGCGUCGCUCGUGGUCAUCUUCCUCCUCCUCCUCAAGAACCCCACCAGGGUCCAGCUCGCCGUGCUGCGGCUGGUCAUGGUGCUGGACCUGCUCGCCCUCAUGGGGGCCUACCUCGCCGGGAGCUGCCAGCAGAGGCCCGCCACCGUGUACGCCGCCUCGCUGGUGCUCGCCCUCUCCGCCUAUGUCGGCCUCCACAUCCUGCAGGCGCUGUCCCACUCGCAGUCGUCGGAGACGGCGGCGCAGCCGGUGACGACGGAGCAUGACCGCGACGAGGAGGCGGAGGAGGACGACGACGCCGCGCCCGGCGCCCUCAGGGCGAAGGAGCGGCGCAAGGUGGUGCUCCUGCUCGCAACCUUCGCGGUGGCCGUCACCUACGUCGCCGGGCUGAACCCGCCGGGCGGCUUCUGGGACUCGGCGGCGGCGCACGGCGGCUACCGCCCCGGCGACUCCCUCGUCGAGGCGCACCACAAGGGCCACUACAGGAUGUUCUUCUACUGCAACACCACCGCCUUCGUCGCGUCCCUCUACAUCAUCGUGGUGCUCCUGGAAGAAAAGCUCAGCGCGAGGACGGCGCGCUCCAUCGCGCUCUACGUGUUUGUCCUCGGCGCGCUGCUCGGCCUGGUGGCGGCCUACACUGCCGGGAGCUGCCGGGACACGGAGUGCAGCGUCUACGUCGUCAGCCUGUUCGGCGCAGUCCUCGCAUUCGUCUUCCUCGCGAUGGGGAUGGUGAUGGUGCUCAUGCCAUUGCUGAAGCUCCGCUUCCGUGCCAACACUCGAAACAACGACACGAUGCUACAAGGCGGGCAAUCGGGCACAAUCGAUCAAGCAACAAAGAAGGUCAAGUCCCUUGUGGUGCUUCUUGCCAAUCUCGCGGCGACCAUCACGUACCAGACGGGGCUGAACCCGCCCGGCGGCUUCUGGCCGGACGGCCGCGACGGGCACAUCGCCGGCGACGCCGUGCUCCUGUCGAAGCAGCCGGCGCGGUACAAGGCCUUCUUCUACUGCAACUCGACCGCUUUCGUCGCGUCCGUGGUCGCCAUCGUCAUGGUCCAGAACGUGAAGCUGGUGAGGACCAACACCUUGCUGGCGGUGAUGGUGCUGGACAUGUUCUCCCUCAUCGGCGCGUACGCCGCCGGGAGCUGCCGGGACCUCCGGACCUCCGCCGUCGUCGUGGCCCUGGCCGCUGCCGUCCUGCUGUACGUCGUGGCACAGGUCCUCUACUUCACGCUGCGCGCGGCGGAAACCAGCAGCACGCUGCCGGAGAAGGAGCACAAGCAUCUCCUGCUGCUGGCCAUCCUGGUCGCCACCAUCACCUACCAAGUCGGCCUGACCCCGCCUGGCGGCUUCUGGAUCAGCGACGACGACGACGGGCCACUCGGACAGCGCGCGGGCCACGCGGUCCUCCUCGACAGCAACCCGUGGCGCUUCAAGGCGUUCUUCUACUGCAACACGGCGAGCUUCAUGGCGUCCAUGGCGCUCAUCCUCCUCCUCGUCAACCCCAACCUCCACCGGCUCGCCAUCCGGUGCUACCCGCUGUACGCGUGCCAGGUUGCAGGCCUGUUUAGCCUCAUGGGUGCCUACGCCGCCGGCAGCGCCCGGAGCUCACGAACAUCCAUCGUCGUGUUCGUGCUCGUGGGCGCAGUGAUCGCCGUCAUCGCCCUGAACAUAACCGUGUUCGACUUCGUCCAACGAGGCAGAGGCGCCGCCGGGGAAGAGCAUGGCCCGAGAAACGCCGACGAGACGGAGUACCACGACGAGGUGUACGCUAAACGCAAGUACCUGAUGCUUCUCGGGAUCCUGGCCGCGAGCGUCACCUACGAAGCCGGCCUCUCGCCGCCGGGCGGCGUGUGGCAGGACAACAACGGCGGCCGUCGGCGGCGCGAGGCGGGCAGCUCGGUGCUCCACGACACCAACAGCCGCCGCUACCACGUGUUCUUCUACAGCAACUCCACGUCCUUCAUCGCGUCCGUGGUCGUCAUCGCGCUGCUCCUGCAGCAGAUCCUGCGGCGUCGCCAUCGCCGCCGUCCGGACCAGGAGAACCCCGACCUGCUCCUCGUCGCCACGAACACGGCCGUCGUCCUGGACUUGCUGGGGCUCCUGGCGGCCUACGCGGCCGGCAGCACCAGGAAGUGGGAGAGUGUCAUCGUGCUGACCGGGCUCGUUGUGCUCUUCAUGGCAAUCCAUGCCGCGGUCUGGUUGUACCGCGAGAGACGCCGUUGCAGCUGCGGCCUCGGAGGAGCAGCACAUGCUAACCGGAAGAGCCUGCCAAUGGAGGAACAAGUUCCAAAUGGUCAUUGCCAGACUUCACAAGGGGAGGAGGCAUAGUUAAGUACUGAUCGUUUCAGGUCUGUCUAGAUUAUGAAGCGGGCUAUGUAGUUCUGUGUCUGCUAGUCGUUUGUCUUGUAUGUUGUGUGCUAGUUGUUUCUCUGUCAGUCUAGAUUAUUGAGAGGGUAGUUCUGUGUCUGCUAGUAGUUUGUUUUGUGUGUUGUGUCUAGUUAUUAGCUGAGCUGAUUUUACCAAAAUGUCCCACUUUGGAGACAUGUAGGAUUGCAUCAGUGGAUUCUUAUCUGAACCGCCGUGUAUAGAACAUAGAACUAAGCGUGUGAAAUUCCUACAGAUUUGCUUCCGAUUUGGCAAGAAAGCAGAGUCUCAAAGCUGAUGAUGUUUAUUUGCUUA